AUUGGGAACAAUAAUUUUCCAAUGGUUUAUGCUACAACCGUAGGACUUUCAAGUCUGAGCAAUUGAGUCGAUCGUUUUCUUCGAGGAAUGUUGCACUAAGUUCGACCGUUUUUCCAAAUAGUGCUCUAAUCGCGUGCUAACAUGUCUGUGCACGUGUUCAACAACAACGUAAAGGUUCUCAGAAACCGGAAUUUGUCAUUGGCCAUCUGUUCGACUUCGCACUAUAGCACCGAAUCUUCUGAACCUCGCGUUAUUCAGAGACCGUCGCUGUCGCAGCUGAAAAGGGGUACUGGCGGUCGGUCGAGUUUCAAUGGGGUGGUCGCCACUGUGUUUGGAGCGACCGGACUUUUGGGCGGUUAUCUCGUCAACAAAUUGGGCAAGAUUGGAACACAGUUAAUUAUUCCAUACCGAGGAGAUGCCUAUUUCAUAAGGGAGUUGAAACUUGCUGGCGAUCUGGGUCAAGUGUUGUUUCAACCAUAUCACUUACAAGAUGAAGAAUCUAUCAGAAAGGCUGUGAAAUACUCAAACGUUGUCAUUAAUUUAGUGGGACGUGAUUGGGAAACAAAAAAUUUCAAAUUCAACGAUGUCCACGUCGAAGGAGCUAGACGUAUCGCACGCAUUAGUCGUGAGAUGGGCGUUGAAAGAUUAAUCCACGUAUCUGCACUUAAUGUUGAUCCAUUGCCUGCUCCUAUUUACUUGAAAAAAGGAUCAGGAUUUUUGGCAUCUAAAAAAGUUGGAGAACAAGCAGUACUUGAUGAGUUUCCUGAUGCUACUAUUUUCCGUCCAUCAGACAUUUAUGGCCAAGGAGAUAGAUUUUUAUUGAUGUACAGCCAUGCAUGGCGUCGUUCUCAACAGAAAAUUGUCUUAUGGCAGAAAGGAGAACAAACGGUUAAACAGCCUGUUGCAGUAUCUGAUGUAGCAUAUGGCAUUGUUAAUGCUAUGCUUGAUAAAUCAACUUCAGGAAAAAUUUAUCAAGCUGUGGGGCCAACUCCCUAUUUGUUAUCCGAUUUAAUCGAUUGGAUGUUUGCAGUUUUACGACGUGAUAAUAAAUUCAACUUUGAUUAUAAACGCACUGGUAUCAUGGAGAAUCCUCAAUAUCUACUCAAAAUGUGGUUAACAGACAAACUCUGUCCUAGCUGGCCACCAGGUUAUGUAACCGCUGAACGUUUUGAAAGAGAGUUUGUAAGUGAUAUACUUGAUGAAAGAUUACCAACGUUGGAAGAUCUAGGUGUAAAACUAACUAAGGCAGAAGAGAGAAUACCUCAUGAACUUAAGUUUUUAAGAGCUUUCCAGUAUUACAUGGAUACAAUUGGUGAAUUUGAAAACCCUCCUCCACCUCCAGCUUACAUAGCACCACCGAAGCGUGUUUUCACAUAAAUCAUCAAAAUUAGAAACCAUCUGAAGAACGCGUCUGCCGCAGUGGACCUAGUCGGCUGUGCCACCAAUCAGAGUCUAAAUAAGAAAAACAAAAUACGCAUAUAAAUAUUAAUUGUGUUAGAGUAAAAUAAACAUUUUAUCAAAUAAAAAAUAA